UUCUAAGCCAAAGUGUUGUUCAAACGUAUCCCAGACAGCGCAGAGUAUAUUAUACGAGUAAAAUGCCUAAAUUAACUUUGUACGGUUUGGAUGCAAGUCCACCAGUUCGUGCUUGCUUGUUGACAUUGAAAGCGUUGAAUUUGCCUUUUGAGUACAUUCGCAUUAAUUUGUUGGAAAAGCAACACUUAAGCCCGGAAUACUUGAAAAAGAAUCCCCAACACACAGUGCCCACUUUAGAAGAUGACGGUCACUUCAUUUGGGAUUCACAUGCAAUCAUUGCCUACUUGGUGAGCAAAUAUGGCAAAGACGAUUCACUAUAUCCAAAAGAUUUCCUCAAGCGCGCCCUAGUCGAUCAACGUUUGCACUUUGAGAGCGGAGUUAUGUUCCAAGGUGGUUUACGUGCCAUUACCGGUCCCUUGUUCUUUAGAAAUGAGACAAGAGUUCCCCAACAUCAAAUAGAUGCAAUUGUUGACAUUUACAACUUUUUGGAAGUUUUCCUCAAUAAUGGUCCAUACAUGGCUGGUGAUCAUUUGACAAUUGCCGACUUCAGCAUUGUGACCUCAGUGACCUCUUUGGUGGCUUUUGUUGACAUCGAUAGCUCAAAAUAUACAAAAUUGACCGCCUGGAUUAAACGUCUAGAAAGUCUACCCUAUUACCAAGAAGCCAAUGGCGUUGGUGCUAAAAUGUUGAUAGAAAUGAUUAAAUCGAAGAAUAUCACCGUUGUACCUUAAGUUGACACUGAUGUUACAGAUUUUACAGGGGACUUUACAUGCUGAGAAAAAAAAUCGUUUGAAAUUGAAAUUAAAAUAAUAAUUGUUGUUGUAUUGAAUCAAAAUUAAAUAUUUAUAUUUACAAGGAAAAUGCAAAUAAAUAAAUAAAUAACUACUAUGCAAA